AUGCAACCCAGGCUUUGGCUGGCGACCUGCACCCUGACAGCAAUGCUGGGCAUGGCCUUGCUGGAGAACAGCAUGUGUCGGGCACCAGAUGGCAAGGACGGCUUCCCAGGAGUCCCUGGCCUUGAUGGGAGGCCAGGGCAGAAGGGUGAUGUGGGAGAGCCAGGAAAAUCAACACAGAGGACGGGUAUCCGGGGAUUCAAAGGGGAAGCAGGCGAACCAGGGCUUCCUGGCAACCCAGGGAACCAGGGCUACCAAGGCCCGCAUGGGCCCCCUGGGCUUCCAGGCCAGCCAGGGCCAAAGGGCAACAAGGGGAAAGAAGGCAAUAUCCUGGAGCAGCCACGUCCUGCCUUCUCUGCCUCACGGAGGUCCCCACCAUCCAUGGGUGGGACAGUGGUUUUUGACAACAUCAUCACCAACCAGGAGAGCUCCUACAGCCCCCAGACUGGGCAGUUCACCUGCCACGUCCCCGGGCUCUACUACUUUGCCUACAUAGUGAUCUCCAGUGGAGACCUCUGCCUGAGCAUCAUCAAGAACAAAGAGCGUGUGGUCAGAUUCUGCGACUACAACAGCCUUGGCAUCCUGCAGGUGAACUCAGGCAGCAGUGUGCUCAGCCUGGCAGUGGGCGACCAGGUCUCCGUGAGCACUGACCCUGCCAUGGUCAGCAAGAUUUACAGCGGCUCCGAGGUAGACAGCGUCUUCAGUGGCUUCAUGGUCUUCCCCCAGAUGGGCUAA